AUGUUCCAACUCAAGACAAUCCUCCCCCUCUCCCUCUUCCUAACAUCUACCCUCGCCGCCCCCUCCCUAAACACCCACACCCCCUCUGAAUCCCGCUCCGACUCAAAAUGCGUCUACUACUGCGGUAGCCACUGCUACUGGGCGAGCGACAUCAGCAAAGCGCAAGCAAAGGGGUACUCCCUACACGAAGAAGGGCGAACAAUCGACGACUACCCGCACGUGUAUCACGACUACGAAGGGUUCGAUUUCACCGUCUCGGGAACAUACUACGAGUACCCGAUUCUGGAUGAUUACAAGGUGUAUGAUGGGGGUUCUCCUGGUGCGGAUCGGAUUAUUUUCAAUGGGGAGGAUGAGUUUGCGGGAUUGAUUACACAUACCGGGGCGGAGGAAUAUGAUGGGUUUGUGGCUUGUCAGGCUGUUUAG